AUGUGGGGACAGGGGUGCAAUGGUGCCGUGGAGGUAGGAUGGCACUUCUUCGGCCGGCUGGCCGGAGAAGCCCCUCGGCGGACGUUGUUGCUCAUGCAGAGUCCUCCCAAAGGAAGGCAGAGAAAGCCGCGGCCGCUGGACCCCAGCGAGGGCUCCAAGGACACAGACAGUUCAGCUGGGCGGCGGGGCAGCGCGGGCAGAAGACAUGGGCGCUGGCGGGGUCGCGCUGAGAGCCCCGGCAUGCCCGUGGCCAAGGUGGUACGGGCCGUAACCAGCCGGCACAGAGCCAACCGCCGGGUCCCGCCAGCCCCACCCCCGGAGGCCCCAGGCCGCCAGAACCUCAGUGGGGCAGCAGCCGGGGAGGCGCUGGUCGGGGCAGCUGGCUUCCCGCCACACGGAGACACGGGGAGCGUGGAGGGCGCCUCCCAGCCCACGGACAACGGCUUCACCCCCAAGUGUGAGAUUGUGGGCAAGGACGCGCUGUCUGCCCUGGCCCGGGCCAGCUCCAAGCAGUGCCAGCAGGAGAUCGCCAACGUGGUGUGCCUGCACCAGGCCGGGAGCCUCAUGCCCAAGGCUGUGCCCCGGCACUGCCAGCUGGCUGGGAAGAUGAGCCCCGGCAUCCAGUGGGACGAAGUCCGGGCCCAGCAGCCCGUGGACGGCCCCCCGGUCCGAAUCGCCUACAUGCUGGUGGUUCACGGCCGUGCCAUCCGCCAGCUAAAGCGUCUCCUCAAGGCUGUCUACCACGAGCAGCAUUUCUUUUACAUCCACGUAGACAAGUUCUUCCACACGGUGCUGGAGAACAGCCCAGCCUGCCAGAGCCUCGUGGACAACAACCUGCGGGUCACCAACUGGAACCGCAGGCUGGGCUGCAAGUGCCAGUACAAGCACAUCGUGGACUGGUGCGGCUGCUCCCCCAACGACUUCAAGCCACAGGACUUCCUUCGGCUGCAGCAAGUCUCCAGACCCACCUUCUUCGCCCGGAAGUUUGAGUCGACUGUGAACCAGGAGGUACUGGAAAUCCUGGACUUCCACCUGUAUGGCAGCUACCCCCCGGGCACGCCGGCCCUCAAGGCCUACUGGGAGAACACGUACGACGCGGCCGACGGCCCCAGUGGGCUCAGCGAUGUGAUGCUCACCGCUUACAACGCCUUUGUCCGCCUCAGCCUGCGCCAUGCUGCCGCCGCUGCACCCCCGCUGGCCACCCCCCUCUGCAGGUUUGAGCCCAGGGGCUUGCCGUCCAGCGUGCACCUGUAUUUCUAUGACGACCAUUUCCAGGGCUACCUGGUGACGCAGCCGGUGCAACCCUCAGCCCAGGGGCCGGCAGAGACGCUUGAGAUGUGGCUGAUGCCCCAGGGGUCGCUGAAGCUGUUGGGGCGCAGUGACCAGGCCAGCCGGCUCCAGAGUUUGGAGGUCGGCACCGAGUGGGACCCCAAGGAGCGUCUUUUCCGGAACUUUGGGGGGUUGCUGGGGCCACUGGACGAGCCUGUGGCCAUGCAGCGCUGGGCCCGGGGCCCCAACCUCACGGCCACCGUGGUGUGGAUUGACCCCACCUACGUGGUGGCCACAUCUUACGACAUCGCGGUAGACGCGGACACCGAGGUCACACAGUACAAGCCCCCGCUGAGCCGGCCCCUGCGACCAGGGGCCUGGACUGUUCGACUGCUUCAAUUCUGGGAACCCCUGGGCGAGACCCGCUUCCUCGUGCUGCCCUUGACCUUCAACCGCAAACUACCUCUCAGGAAAGGGUGA